CCUGCCCUGGGGCUCAGCAACGGCACCAGGGGCUGGUCAGCUGUGGAUAAAGCUGGAUCCAGCCAUCUCUGGAGGCGGGCACCCUGAAAACACUGGGAGAAACACCGCUGUGACACACUGGUCUGGCUUCUUGCCCACAGCCCUGGGAGCAGCGCAAGCGAGCAAGUAGCAUCCCGGAGCACGCUGCGUCUCGGCACGGCAGCCAGCCCUCAGGAUCGAAGCAGCACAGCCUGCACAGGCAGGAGGAUGACGCUAUGGAAUGGCUCCUUCCCCUUCUACCCUGGUGCCAAUCCGUGCUUCCCCUUUGACACCACCUGGGCCGUCAUUGUCUCCAUCUUCCUCUCCAUGUUGGCCACUUUCAUCAUCAUCCUGCCAGGGAUCCGGGGCAGGGGGCGACUCUUCUGGUUCCUGCGGGUGGUGAUGGGUCUCUUCGUGGGAGCGGUGGUCCUCACCAUACAGUUCACCAAGGACUGGGAGACCGGCUGGGUGACAGCAAACACCUCCUACAAGUCCUUCAGCCAUGCCCUGGUAAACGUGGACAUUGGGCUGCACAUUGGCCUGGCGGGGGUGAAUGUCACACUGGUGGGAAACCCAGUGCAUCAGCUCAAUGAGACCAUCAGCUACAAUGAGCACUUUGCCUGGAGCUUCGAUGCAGACUACGAUCACAGCUAUGAUGAAGGCCUGGAGAAGGGGCUCCCCAGUCCCAUCCUCUACGUGGCAGAGAAGUUCACCUCCCAAAGCCCCUGCGGCGUGCACAGGCAGUACCGCAUCUCCAGCCACUACGCCUCCCUCACACUGUGGAUGGCCUUUUGCACAUGGCUCGUUUCCAUCCUGUUGUUCUCCAUGCCCAUCCUGCUCUAUGGUGGCUACAUGCUUCUGCUCACUGCCGCACUGAUGCUCUUCUCACUGCUCUUCUUCUUCACUGCACGGAGCACCGCUAAGUGCCCCAUCCGGUUUGGCACAGCUGCCUUGAAAACAGACUAUGGAGGAUCCUUUUGGCUGACAUUAGCGACAGGGCUGCUGUGCCUGCUGCUGGGGCUGGGUGUUAUCAUCUUCAAUUCUGUGCAGCCAGAGAAACUGAAGCUUGUCUUUAACCUGGACGAGAGAAAGGGAGAAGAGGAGGGGUGGGACAAGCCUUACCUGCCUGCCGAGCCCAGCUCCUCUGCACAGGACAUGCUGAUGGUCUCCCUGAGUGAGCUUUGCGAGGUGACAGCCACCCAGCAGUAAGGGCAAAGCCCGAGGACAUCCCUUCUGAAUCCACUCUCCUGUCCAACUACACCAGAAGCAUGGGUGGGAAGACACAUAAGAGCCCGGUAAUGAGAACAUCCAACCCUGGAAAAGGGUCUCAAAUAUGGCAACUUGCCCUCUCUUUUUUCUUAAUUUUUUUUCAAUGUUUUGUUGUUUUACUCACCAGCAGCUGGAAAAGGUUUUGGGGUAGAGACAAUCCAUGCCCCAUCCCUGAUUGUCCAGUUACAGGCACCGGGCUACUGCCCUUCCCCUUAGUCCAUCCCCAACAAACCUUAAGAGUCCUAAAGCAGACACUGAACAAGAGCAAACGGGAGAAACCAAAUAGCUGCAGAUGAAUAGAUAUGAAUGAAAGGAGUAGAGCCCCUGCAACAGCAUCCCCACCCUGAAGGUCCCCAAGAAGUCCCCUCUGCUCAGGGAUGGUCUUUCCAGCAGUGGCCAGGAAGAGUGAGGGGAGCUGUGCUCUCCAGGAUGCCCUGUACCUGGUCUUGGUUGGAGAGCAGUUUGGCAAGGAGGCCCACAAUUUCUCACAAUGCUGGAGGCACCAGACCUUGGAGGACUCGUGGAUUUCAGUCCCAUACUGACACCCCACAGCUCAAGUUCGAUGCAAGUCCAAGAUGUGCUGGGCUGUACACUGGGCUGGAAAUGGCACAGUCAGGGAGUUGAUUGGUUGGCUCCUGCUUCUUACAGUGCUUAUAAACACCCUAAACCACAGCCACCAGCCUGUGAGCAGCCUGUGAGUUGUUGGUGCUCUCGUAACCCUCCGAACGGAGGAAAAGAUUUUGGUGGGAGGGAAGGAGAGGAGGAGAUGGGAAUGGAAGUGCUGUGGUGCCCCAGGAGUGGCUCUAAUCGCUUAACAAGAGGUGAGCAUCACACCCAGCCUGGGAGGGAGGGGAGGAAGAAUGUUUCAGGUUUGCACCCCUUUAACUCUGUGCAGGUUUUGCAACAUUUUUGUUUGUUUGGUGUUUGCUCACUUAUUUUCCCCU